AUGGUCCUCAUGAACUCGGUCGGACUUUCGGAUCGCAUGGCCCGGUUACUUACAGCCUGCAACGCCACCUCAUAUUUCAUUUUCUCGUGUGCUGCAGCCACAAUCGUCGAGCGGGUUGGCCGUCGGGGCUUGAUGAUGUUGUCUGGAUUUGGACAAUUUGUUUCUUUCUUGGUCAUCACGAUCCUGCUCUGUUUGGCUGAGAACAAUAAAGUCUACGCUACUGCUUCCGUUGCCUUCUUCUUUCUCUUCCAUAUCGCCUUCGGAAUGGGUAUGCUGGGUGUGCCAUGGCUCUAUCCCACUGAAACCAACUCACUACCCAUGAGAACAAAGGGUGCCGCUGUCGCGACCGUGACUAAUUGGAUCACCAACUUUGCGAUCGUCGAGAUAUUGUGA